CACCGGUCUGUGCCCACAGCUCCUCGGCGUUAUUCGCACCUUCAAACAGUGACCGGGACCGGGACAGAAGACGCACGCUAAGGCUCAGGCUCAGACAGAAAAGUUAGCCUCCAAGUGUUUGGCGUGCCUGUGCCUGUGUCCAUCUUCACUCCAGACCAGUGGAUCAUUGUUCAACUUGCAGUGAUUUCGAACGAGAAUGGAGGCGUUACCCGACGACGUGAUCCUGGUGGUGUUGGAGCAUCUACCUUUGGAGGACCUCUUCACCAGCCGCCUCGUGUGCAAGAGGUUCGCGGAUCUGGCGCUCGCCCCGGAUGUGUGGCGUCGCCGGCAGAUCCUCGACUACCACCACCACUCCUACCACCAGAAGAAGUGCCAAGUGUGCCCCGCGCUGCGACUGGCGCCGCGAGUGAACCGGAUGUGCUACGAUCUGUCGAAGAAGCAUCGCCACCCGCCGUACACGACGACCAAGUGUGCCGCAGUGGAGCUGAGCGUUUAUUUAGACGGGAGUGCCUGCUCCGCGCGCGCAGCUGUCCCGGUCAUCGGAAACCAGGUGGAGCUUGGCCGACUUCAACGCCUUUAUCUAGCGUUCUACCGCGACGUGACGCCUGGCGCCGAGCCCGACGUCUCCCUGCUGCUGCAGACCGUGGCGUCGACGUGCGGCCUGAAGAAACUCUCGCUAAAUCACAUGUUCGGUCUCCAAAAUCUUACUCGCCUUUCCACAAUGGCAAGUACCUUCUCGUGCAACACCAAGCUGGAGUCGUCACUUACGCAUUUUCACUGCGGCGUGCAGCUGGGGCCCUGCUUUGAGAACUUCGUACUAGCCGCUCACGCCGCCACCCUGGAGAGCGUAGACAUAAGUACACCGUCGCCUUCGACGGCCGAGCUCCUUGCCGCUGCACCAAAGCUUCGCACGCUGUGCAGCCCCCUGCUGACCGGGAUGGAGGCCCUGGCUGCAUGCCAGUCGCUGAGUGUCGUGCGACUGCAGGGGGGCUUCUGCGUCACCGCGGGCGACACGUCCAAGCUCCCCGGGGCUGCGCAGUUCUUCCGCGGCGCCAACCAGCUGAGGGAGGUUCAUCUGAAACAUGUUGAUCCCUGUGACGGUGUGGAUCUGGUUCGGGCGCUGGCCGCGUCCGGCAGGUCUCGCGUGGAGGAGCUGUCCCUUGUCUGCAGUGGCCGUAAGCUCGGUAAGGUGCAGCCGCUACUCGACGCGCUGGCCUCGCUGCCGGCCCUGCGCUGCCUGGAGAUGAAGAGCCUCGUGGACGGCCAGCAAGUGAAGGAGCUGCUGCAGGGCAUCAGGGCCGAGACCGCCCCUGCACUGCGCAGCCUCAUCCUGACUCCGACGGGGCACCUCCAAUGCGCACACUCGUGGGUGCACAGCCGCGUGACCAAGGCGGUCCUGACGACGAACCCCUUGCUGCACAUCCAGAUGAAGGCACGCACUCACGGCCGUAGCGCUUAUGAAGCCAAGGAUUGCAGGACGUGUCGCGUCAAGAAGUGCCACGACGGGCAUGAAGGGGAUUGGGAAGUUCUCAGGAUGUCAACUAUUUUUGUCGGCCUUUCCUCUUGCAAUGACGCCCGCCACUGUUUUGAAAAGUUCUCUCGCAAUAGUGAUGAUGUCUUUUGGUGGCGCGUUGAUCUAUAAUAUGAUUUUUUUUCAUGCAUUUGCAGUCCCAAACUGAUUCGUGGUCUUGCUUGAUUUAAUUAUUUGUGU